AUGGACGCGCACCUCAAGUCCGAUUCAAUGAGCAACCAGAGCUCCUCCCGAAAGCCAAAGCUUGAGUAUCGCAAGCCUUCCCUUCCCCAGCUAAACUUCAUCGCCGCUAUGAAACAGAAUCAGAGAUCGGUAUCUGCUGAUACCAAGCCUACUUUCCACGAGGAAGUUGCCUUUGCACCUGUUGUGCAUGCGUCUGAGUCCCUUAUCACCAACCGAAUUCUCGAGAAACCAAAGCCGGAGUACCGCAAGCCUUCUCUUCCCCACCUCAACUUCAUCGCCUCUCUGAAAGAGAACAAGAGAUCGGUGUCUGCUGACAACAAGCCUGCUUUCCAUGAGGAAGUUGCUCAUAAGCCUUCCGUGCAUGCACUUGGAUCUAUUGGCACCAAGCGCACCCCCGAGGAGCCGAAGCUGGAAUAUCUCAAGCCUUCUCUUCCUCAGCUGAACUCCAUCGGUGCUGUGGAACAUAGCCAGAGAUCGUUCUCUGCGAAUACCAAGCCAACUUUCCGUGAGAAAGUUGCCCAUAAACCUGUCGUUCACGUGGCAGGGCCUCUUAGCACCAAGCACGCCUCUCAGGCACCGGAGCUUGGCUACUUUGAGCCUGAUUUCGACAAGUAUUCCCACUCAGGAAGCUCUGAUUCAGACAUCGCACGCAUUUCACAAUAUUUCAACUCUGGUCGCAAUGAAUCGCAGUCUCCCAUUCAAGCUGAGGGUCUUGCCAUUGCUCUCCACCGUCUGACUUCUAUUUACGCUGCAAAUGUUCAGAUGAGACAGGAGCUGGAUGAUCAGAAGUUCGGCGCGCACACAUUUAAUUCUCAUGCUACCAUUCCCACCUCUCAGAAAGUGGCGACUGGACAUCGCAAGCAAGAUGUUCACAAGCAUCCAUCCCCAGAACAAAGCCCCUUGUACUCCAGUCCACGACUCCCGGCACAUUCUCGAUCUGGCUCAGAAGCCACUCAAUCUCCGAGCAUCAACGGCGUUUUGCGCGACUCUCAGGCUGAGGAUCUGAUUCUUGCUAUGCACCAGCUGACGUCUCUUUACGCUGCCAACAUCCAGAUGAGAGAGAGCCUUAAUGGUCCUAGAUCCGCUGGGUACACCCGUUCUGAUGGCAAAGAACACCCCGCGUCUAGCAAAGAGCGUCGUAUUGAUGACUCUGACAUCGAGGAACUCAUGAUUGCUGUGCAUGACAUGAACACUCUCAAUGGGUCCAAAGGCAAUUUAAAGCCUGAACUUAAAGUGCCCGAGCCGAUGGCGCACAAGCAUAGUUCCUCCAUUAUCAGAAAUUGCUCUCGAGAUCUUACUGUCAACAUUAUCAAGCCGGAAAUGUGUCAGUUGAAUCUCAGCCCUGUGCGCCUUUGUCAAAGACUGCACGUGGAUGAUCUCAGGCCUGGUGUUUGUCAGCCCUUGUCACUUCAGGCCGACUCUCACUCUAGUGACGCACAGCCUGAGAGUUCCUCCGACAAUGAGAGCGAUUUAUCUGAGCCCGCACCCACUAUUUACGUCUCGCCGGUUGCUGAGGGUAGCGAGGCCGAGGCCGAGUCCGAAGCGAACAAGCCCAAGCGUGCCAGUCUCCAAUGUGCCAUUUUCCAUGCUGAACCGGAGCUUUGGUACUUUAGACCUGAGAGCAGCAACUACGAUUCAUGUGCUACCACAUCUAUUGUGACCAGCUCAGAACGCGAAUGCACCAAGCUUGACUCCUACGGCGCCAGUUCUCCUCUCAUUGAUCGCUCUGUCCAAGAGCCGGAGGUUGAGUAUCUCAAACCUUCCGUCUACCAGCCUCCGUACCCCGGACACAAUCCCUGGUACACGGGUCCCCGACUCAGUACAUUGCCCUCUCCGGGUCACAAUGAGCCCACAUCCCCCAGCGUGAAGCACUUUUCUGGCUUUUCUUGGGACGGUGAACUUGAGCGUGGGGAAAGGGACGUCAAAGCCCCCUACGCCGAGGUUUCUAGAUUCUCUUUGGACACUGAGUCCGAGGAUGAUAAGCCUGACACCAACACACCUGCAGCAAAGAGUCUGGAUACUGCGCGCCGCUGGUCCUUCCACGACCUUCUUGCCGAUUUCCUGCGCCCAUCCGAGUCCGGCAGCGUCUCUUCUGGCUCAAGCGAGCUUCCUUCCAAGGAACCGGAGAUCGAGCUGCUCAAGCCUACGGUCUACCAGCCACCAUACCCUGGACACAACCCCUGGUACACCGGUCCACGACUGGACACACUUCCUUCUCCGGGUUGUGGCGGCCAGAAAUCCCUCAGCUUCAAGCAUUUCUCGGGUUUCUCGUGGUGUGCUGAGCACGAGAAUGAUGAGACGGACGUCGACGGUCCCGAGUGCGCCAGCUCGGCCUCUUCCGCUAUUCAGGAUGAUGAUAAUGAAUGGCGGGAGUUGCUGUACCCGGAGGGGCUCAACGUCCCAAGCAAGCAAGACCUGCCCCUUGGCCGGCUUUCUCGCCCACGUGGAGAGGCUGACGAGGCGCUCUCUGAAGCUGUAAGCCCUCCCUCACAGGCAAGCUUCACCUCGACCUUAGCAGACUCCGACGGGUUCACGGAGCCGGUCGCGGUCCCUCCUCCUCAACUGAGCUCAGUGAAAACUGAAAUCGACGACCGCGUGCCUAAGCACAAAGUUCUUUGGGGAGAGAACGGCUUGCUGGGGCUGAAGGAAGAGGAGCUCUCUCCCAAGGGUCGCCCCGCGUCUCGGCUUCUGGGUGGUCUCAAGAAGAAGCUGAAGCAGCAGCUCGCCGAAUUUGUAAGUGAUUCCUCUUAUCCCCACCUUAUUUCACCUCUCAUAUCUAAUCAUAAUGUUCAGGUGGACGAGCCUCACUUCGGACUGAAGCGCAAGGCUUCGAAUGCGGCUUCUUUUGCGGCGCCAGGUAGCUCACCUGCGUCACUCACAACUUCGCUGGACUCUGACAAGCAGGCCAAGUUGUACGCCGAGCUUGAGGUCCUCAUUUGCAACACGGCAAAUGACUUCAUCCUCGAGCAGUACUACGCUGGUCGGAUUUCCCAGCACUCGAUCGACAAGGUGAAUGCGGGCUGGAACAACAAAAACCAGCACCAUGUGAACGAGUUCCGUUUCGACCAGGCGACGCAGCGAGAAUUGAUCGUUGCCAACCGUCGCCGGAUCGCGUUCACGGGUGACUCGGCCCGCUUGCCAAUUUGUGUGCAGACAAACUUGCACAAUUGGAAAUGCCUUGCUCGCGAGAUGAGUGUUCGCACGUUUUGCCUCCCGGACAGUGCAAUCCGCAAACACCUCUUCGACCUCCGGCAGAUCAUCACCAUGAUGAACCCCAAGCUGGAUACGUUGAUGACCUUUCAGAGAGUCAGCUCUGAGAUCAACGACCAGAUGCUGGACAAGGAGGUUGCUGAGCGCCGCCGAAGUGAGGCUCUGCGGAAGAAGGGACAACUUCCGCGACACAGAUGA